GCCACUCCUUGAAAGCAAGUCGACUAGAAGAGAGGUAUAGGUACCUGAGCUCCAGAGAAAUUUUACUUUCUAUCUUCAAUUUUGCCGGACCAAUCCCAAUUUCUAAAGAUGGCUGUCCAAUUAUUUUUUACCGAGGAGCAAAGAAAAGUAUUCAAAAGCUCCUUCAAAUCAAUAGACGCGGAUGGCGAUGGCAAAAUCACUCCUGAAGAGUUGAAAGCAGCGUUUAAAUCAAUUGAAAUAGACUUGACUCAGGAAAAGAUUGACGAAAUGAUGAGUAUAGUUGAAAAAGAUGGUAGCAGAACUGUAGACUUUUCUGAGAUUUUGAUGAAGAAGGCAGAACAGAUGCGCGGGAAAGGAGCACAAUACUUUAAAGCUUUCGACGCCUUGGACACGGAUAAAAGCGGAUCCCUCAGUCCUGAAGAGCUGCGUACAGCGUUGUCAGCAUGCACCGAUCCACCGAUGACGAAGGAGGAAAUCGAUGCAAUCAUCAAGAAAGCCGACGGCAAUAACGACGGUGAAAUCCGCCGUGCAGAAUUCGUGAGGAUGAUUCAAUCGUCAUAUUAAAGCUACUCUGUGAAGAUGAUGAACGUUAUCUUCUACUUCAACAUCGACAACUUGUUCUUUUUAUUUUCCUUGAGGAAUCUCCGGGAGAGGGUUACAUAAUCG